AUGAGGGCUGGACAGGUGUCCCACAUUGUAGCCGCUCUGGCCGCCCGGAGUGUGAGUCAACGUGUGAGACGAAGCGAGGCGAGCAGGCAGCUGGAGUGGGUGCUGCUGGAUGCUCAUUUGGCCCUGCUGCAGAGACUGAUCCAGCAGGGUGAGAACGGGGCUAAAGCUGGCAGCAACAUGCAGUCCCUGGUGGCCAAGAGGUGCCAGGCCCUGUUAGCUCUCAUCCGCCUCACCACCUUCGCCUCACCACCUUCGCCUCUCUUAUGUACCAACUCUUUUGCACAGACAUGUCAACUAGUGGUAAUCACCACUCCUCGAGACAGCCAUUUCCUGUGCCUCCUGGGUCUGGCCCAGCUGGCUCAAUAUGACAACAACCCAAAUUCAGACAGGUCCGGUGAAGACCUGAGUGAUGCUCGCCUCCGCUUCCAGAGCAGCAUAGAGCUGGAAGGACAGCACCAGAGAGGAGAACCACCUCAACAGCUGAACAAACAAAAGUGGUGGCGGGAACAUCUGGAAGCUCAGAACAAGGAAGCAGCUCUGCAGACCACCACGCAGGGCAGGGGAGGUCCAACUCAGGGGUGGGCUGGUGGGACUAGAGCUCCAACUACUGCCCCAGCAGGCCCCCCUACCACCAGGGGAGGGAAGGCUGCUCGGCUUCCCGCCAAAGCUCCUGCUGGCAGGGGGAGAGCUGGAGCAGCGGCUAAACCAGAUAAAUCGGCUAAACCUGCCGGCAACAGCCCUAAAGCCAAGCUUCUGUCUGACAAGUCUGAGCAGGACUGUUGUCCCAAACCUGUUCAUGAGGAAAGGGUGAGCGUGCCUGGCCCGUUGAACCGCAGGUCUCAUGUGGCACGGCUGGGUCUGGCUCGGGUCCUCUCACGCUCUGUUGACACCCAGAAUGAGGCAGAGCAGCUCUACCAGGAGGUCAUCGCCAUGGCGCCAGAGGUUCGGUAUCAGGACAAUCACACGAUUUUCUUCUUCAGAACCAUAAUGCCUACAUUCAGCUUGUUCGGCUACAUGCUGGAGCCCUCUGACCCCCAGGCUGCUGUGGACGUCUUCUGCAGGUUCCCCCUGAAGCCCGUGGCCGAGCAAAGCUUCAACGACGCCUUCAUCAGCGGUGAGAUCGUUCGCCUGCUGAUGUCACAGAAGCAGCACGACCACUCACAGCCGGGCCCCAGCCUGGUAGCACACGGUUGCAUAGAGAAAUACGUCAAUAUUCUGGAUGGAGAAUCGAAAACUGCACUGCUGAAGAAUGUUUACGCAAGAAUCAACAACAAGCAGCAUGACGACCCAGAUCUGCAGGACUUCUUUAAAUUCAAAUGCUGGAUAUGACCACAUCCGUGACUCAUCGACAAUGAAUUUAUAUCAGAAAGAUAUUGUCUGUAAUCCCCCUCUGAGGAUAAGUUUUACCAAAUGCAACUGUCCAGCAGUCCCUCUUGGUUUCCCCUUCCACAGGCUCCAUGUUGGCCACAGGUAAAUCCUUUUGUCUAGGGUCCCACACUUUUACUGUCCCUGUAGGAAAACAGUAGUAUUUUUGUUAUUUUACUAAUGUGUGAAUAGGAACGACAUCAAAAGUAUACUUUUACCAUCUCUGCUUCCAGUAACUAUCUCAGGAGCACCAUCACCAAUCCCCAGGCCACCAACACCAUCUAUACUAUUUACUAUCUCCUUGUGGGCCUUAGCCGUGUACACUGGCACUUCAGGAGACUCAAGAUUCCUGCAGAUGACACCAAUAAAUAACAAAUAGUGA